UUCAUCCAAAAACAAAUAUUCCUGACAAACACUCUCUCUCUCUCUCUCUAGCCCUAAAAGUAAAGUAACCAUCCACGUUUUUGUUGCUUUCAAAACGAAUCACAGAUUCUCUCUCUCUCUCUCUCUCUCCUUCCCUGCAUCCAUGGAGUCGGAUAACAGCGCCGGUUUCACCUACUUGGGUCGCAAUUUCAGCAAUUUGAGUGUCAACGACCACUCCUCCGCUUUCAGCGACUGCAACAGCGACAGAUCCGGCGAGUUCCCCUCCGCCUCCUCCGAGAGCCGCCGCCUCCUCCUCUCCUGCGCCUCCGAAAACUCCGACGACCUCAUCCGUCACCUGGUCGCUCAUCUCGACUCCUCCUGCUCCGUGGACGAGCAGAAGCAAGCCGCCAUGGAGAUCAGGCUCCUGUCCAAGAACAAGCCCGAGAAUCGCAUCAAAAUCGCCAAGGCCGGAGCCGUCAAGCCGCUCAUCUCCCUGAUCUCGUCUUCCGAUCCUCAGCUCCAGGAGUACGGAGUCACCGCGAUCCUGAAUCUCUCCCUCUGCGACGAGAACAAAGACCUCAUCGCUUCCUCCGGCGCCAUCAAGCCGCUCGUCAGAGCGUUGAAGAUGGGAACUCCGACUGCCAAGGAGAACGCCGCCUGCGCUUUGCUCCGGCUAUCUCAGGUGGAGGACAACAAGGUCGCGAUCGGGAGAUCCGGAGCGAUUCCUCUCCUCGUGAGCCUUCUGGAAACCGGAGGAUUCAGGGCCAAGAAGGACGCGUCGACGGCUCUCUACUCGCUCUGCUCUGCUAAGGAGAACAAACUCAGAGCCGUGCAGGCGGGAAUCAUGAAGCCGCUGGUGGAAUUGAUGGCUGACUUCGGUUCCAACAUGGUGGACAAAUCGGCCUUCGUGAUGAGCCUGCUGAUGUCGGUGCCGGAGUCUAAGCCGGCGCUCGUGGAGGAAGGAGGGAUUCCGGUGCUGGUGGAGAUCGUGGAGGCCGGAACGCAGAGACAGAAAGAGAUAGCUGCGUCCAUACUGCUUCAGCUCUGUGAGGAGAGUGUGGUCUAUCGAACCAUGGUGGCUAGGGAAGGAGCGAUUCCUCCGCUUGUGGCGCUUACUCAGGCGGGGACUAGUCGAGCAAAGCAAAAGGCUGAGGCUUUGAUUGAGUUUUUAAGGCAGCCAAGAUCUGGGGUAACUAGUAACGGUGGAAGAUCGUCCCAACUGUGAGAGAUGAUUCAACCCUUUUGUUAUUUUUUACACUUGUUAAUGCUUAAAGAUACACAGAUGACAAACAAUCAGACAAGGGUGUAAAUAGUUUGUGCACUAAAUUGUAGAAAGUUAGCUUUGCUUUGCCUUUAUAAACUAUCUUCUUGCGUUUGGCUUUUA